AUGCCAAGAAAAAGAGAGCAUAUUCCGAUCAGCAAAAGAAAAAGAGCACUUUACAGCUGCGACCGGUGCAAGUUGAGGAAACGUGCCUGCAAGAGAUACCAGGACGGUGCAAGAAAGUUUGAUAACAAUACGCCAUGCGAAGAGUGUGUCAAAGUUGGCGCAGAGUGUGUAACGGAGAUCAGCAGGAAAAAACGAUCUUACAUUUCCGUGAGUGAGACAACGCUAGAACAGCUCAAAUGUCUGACGCUGAUUAUCAAGGCUAUGUUUCCGGAAAGCGAUCCUAGCAAUCUGGAGCAUAUCAAGAGCAUCGCUAAGGCUCUAUUUGUGAAACUACCGAAAUAUGAACCGGGAGAACUACUUGGCGAGGCCAUCGAAGAUAGCUGUAACGGGAAUGACGACUAUGAUGAGAGUGAUGAAGAUGAGGAAGAGAACGGGACCAACUUUUCAGAAGUCGGAGAAGAAGAACAACGAGGAAUUGUGAGCCAGGCAAAUUAUGAUAAUCCAAGUGAAGCCCAGAUCGGUUUAGGCGGCGCAGAUAGGUUGUUCAACGCCUUAUUGAAGGUUGGCAAGGUAGAUUCUGCCAGUAAGCUGAAGUUUCUUGAAAACAUGGUUGUCAGUGGGCACCAGCUGCCCUCUAGCCCUCCAUUAUUGAUCAAUGGUAGUGAUAUUCACAACUCUUUGCUGCUAAAUUUAAUACCCCAUCAAGAAUGUGAGAUGUACACGAACGUGUUCUUCAGUAGACUCCAUGAAAGCUAUUUUAUAUUCAAUGAGAAGAAGUUUAGACAACGCCAUAAUCGUUUUCUGCAGUGUUUAGCGGACAAGUAUUUGCAGGCAAAUGAAGAGUUCUGUAACGAGGAGAUUUGUGCAAUCUACCUUGUUUGGAUUCUAGGAAGAAACUGCUAUUUAACAAAACUUUUGCAAGUUGAUGAUCCCUCCCAGGCCAACAUUGUCUCCAACUCAACAAUCAGCAAGUACUCAGAGAUAAUCAACGUGUGCCUCUCUGGGUGUUUCUAUUCAAAUAACAUUCACUGUGUGAGGAUGUUAUAUUUGUUGAGUUUGUAUAAUUCUACCCUAAAAAAUACAGACUCUGCGUGGCACUUGUUGAGUAACUGUUGUCUGAAGUGUUUUGGGAUGGGAUAUAAUAGAAGUGCUGUACUUUCCAAAUUUGAUGAAUCAGAGAGAGAAGACAUCAAGGUUGUAUGGUGGUCAAGCUUCAAGCUGCAUAUGAACAACUGCGCAAUAAAAGGACGACUUCCUAACAUAACUUUAUAUGAGGUAGAUCUUGAUUUACCUACGCUUGAGCAUGUGCACGAUAAGUUGUUUAGAGAUGCCUACACAAAAUCCAUUGAACUUUUCAAGAUUAUGUUCAAUACUUUGAAGAAUAGAGAGUAUUUAGCCAAAAGCAGAAAUCCAUGGUGUAAAGAAAAUCUCAGAAAUAUCAUCAAAAUAAACAAUUCUCUAAGAAUAUGGGAAAGCGGACUAGGAUACUCGUUGAAGUACUAUAAGAGGCCCAACCCGAAGAGGUAUCAGAUAAAACUCCAUCUACAGUAUCAUUAUUGCUCACUAUCGCUUAUAGCUCCUUAUUUGAUUGCAUACGCUCUCAACCCGCAAAGAUCUUUUGAUCCUUCGAGUGGGAUUAUUGAUACCUUGUGCAGUGGAGUUUACUCAGCUAUUCAGUUGAUGGAAGUCAUCAGCUUUUCUGUGAAUUCGGGAUACUGUAAUGGACUACUUCACUACGACUUUUUUUACUCUUACAAUGCCCUCAUGAUACUAUUGUUGGGAUACACACUAAUAAAAGAGAAACCUAAAGAGAAGCACUGUGAAAACUACAAUAUUUUCACUGAAAUUUUGUCGAAAAACUUUGAUAUCGAUAUGAAGCUGAUUUUGAAAUCGAUUAAGGAAAUACGAGAGAUCAACGACUGUUAUGGGCCGGGAGCAGUAGGUACCAUGCGUGACUUCAGCAAUAAUAUCACAAUUCUUCUACGAUACUUCAAGCUGAAUGGGACCCCAAAUACGCUUGAUAUGAUCAAUUCGACAUCUUUAGACUCUCAAGUUCAGGCACUUUUCAAGGAGCAAGAAGACUAUCUGAAAGCAGAAGACUCACAGGACUGCUCAAGUAAAAACAAUGUGUCACUACUACCAACCGAGCAUGAUUUUUUCGAUUUCAUCAACUUUUUAAACACUGAAAACGACCAGGAAUCUUACUUCAGCGAUCAACUACUAGUAGAUUGGAAGAAACUAUUUGGCACAAGCGGUUCAUCGGCCAAAGGGCAUUGUGAUCACCAGUUUUGA